AUGCCUUCUUGUUCUGCUUGCGAGUCGCAAGGGAUUGCAAAAUGCGCUGUGUCGCCUCGUGAUUCCUCUCGUUGUGUCGAGUGCGUCCGCCUCGGUCGCUCGCGAUGUGAUGUGAUGGGUGUCUCGCGGGAGCAGUUACACAGGAUCGCGGCUCAACAUUCGAAGCUCGAGUCUGAGUUGGAGGCGGCGGAGGAGAAAGUCCUUCGCCUGCGCAGACAAAAGAAAAUGUGGUUUGAAAAGAUGACGAGGGCGGUCCGUCGUGGUAUUGACAAUCUGGAGGAAUUGGAUCGGGUGGAGCGUGAAGAGGCAGAGCAGGAGGAGCGGCGGCGAUCAGCCGAGGUUCUUCCUGAAGUGUCCCUGGAGUUGCUUCUUCCGGAUUCCAAUUUUGUCUGGGAUUCGACUUUCCCGAUGGGUCCUCUGAAUCCUUCGUUGUUGGAUGAGAUAAAUGUUCUUGCGCAACAUUCCGUUGGCUCGUCUGGUGGCAUGGUUUCGAGUCCUGGUCGGUCCUUAACUUCUGGGAAUGAUCCAACUCCCGAUAGUACUGGCGGAGUGAUUCCUGGCAAUUCUGGAGGUGGUUGAGGGGUUCCCAAGUGUUUUCUUCGUGUCCAUAGUUUUCCCAUUUAACAAGGUACUCUGUUUUGCCGUGGUUUCGUCUGUGGUCGAGUAUUCGUUUAACGUCGUAGGUUUGUUCUGCGUCGAUCUCGAUCGUUUCUUGUGUGCUGGUGCCGUGUGGUGCCGGCUCCAGUAGUGAUACGUGAAAUGUGGGGUAAAUUUUCAUGGU